AGCACGAUAAUGACCCCCCGCAUCGCACCACCACAGCGCGUGCUCAUCGUCGGCGCGGGCGAGUUUGGCUCGACCACCGCGCUCGCGCUCGCCCGCGGAGCCUACAAGGGUCAAGCCCAUCUCAUCACCGUCCUCGACCGCUCCCCAACGCCCCCAGCGACCGAUGCCGCGUCGUACGACUACAACAAGAUCGUGCGGCAAGAGUACACGGACCCAGUGUACGCCAACCUCGCGCGUGAGGCCAUGCUCGGCUGGCGUGACGAGUGGGCCGAGUACUACCACGAGACUGGCGUUGUCAUGACGGCCCGUCCAAACGGCGUGGCCAGCGCCGAGAAGACGUAUGCGGUCAACUUCCUGCCUGGCAUGGAGACGCCCGGCAAGUGUGCGCGCAAACUGGAAGGCAAGGCGGAUGUGCAGGCGCAGUAUGGCAACGGGGUGCCUUUGGGCGACUUUGCCGACUGCUAUGCGUACCACAACGAGUGCGGUGGCUGGGCCGAGGCUGCACGCGCCACCGAAGCGGCUGUGGCCAAGGCCCGCGCUCUCGGUGUUGUGUUCCGCUGCGGGACGGCCAAGAAGCUCAUUAUCGACGAAGCAGCACGCAAGGUCCGCGGCGUGGUCACCGAGGAGCACGGCGACGAAUACACUGCCGACCUGGUCGUGCUGUGCUGCGGAUCCUGGACGCCGACCCUUGUUCCCGAGCUCAAGGAGAACCUCCUGCCUACCGGGCAAGUAGUGGGCUUUGUCCAGCUCAACAAGGAGGAGCACGAGCGCUACAAGAACGUGCCGGUGACCAUGACGGCGAUGAACGGCUUCUACAUCUUCCCACCCAAUGCCACUGGCCUCGUCAAGUUUGCCAUCCACGAACUCGGCUACCUCAACCCCCAGCCUGGCUAUCCCUCGCUGCCCCGCACCCACCUGACACGUGGGUACGAGAUGCAGUCGAUCCCCGAUCACGGGCACGCCAAACUCUUGCGCAACCUCGCGGCCGUGUACCCGGAGCUUGCCAAGAAGCCCUUCUCGGCGUCCAGGCUGUGCUGGUACUCGGACCGCCACAGCGGCGACUUCUUGCUCGACUACCACCCCGACUACAACGACACGCUGUUCAUCGGUGCUGGCGGUUCUGGUCACGCCUUUAAAUUCCUGCCUGUUAUCGGCGGCCUGAUCGAGCAGGGUAUCCAGGGCACAAUGCCACCCCAGUACCGCGACAUCUUUGGGUACAAGAGCCGUCCUGACCGUGUAGACGGCCGCUUCGAGUACUCCGAGUUCACGAGGCUGGACGGGGGCUCCAAGUUGUAGACAAGACAGGUAUGCAUG